AUGGGUGAUACUGACGUUGAUCCGGCUAUUAUCAAACGUACCCAAGACAUGUUAGGGCAAAUUAUAAAUGCACCUGCUUUAACGAAUAAAUUACUUAAUCGACCUCCAGUUCAAUUUCUUCAAGAUAUCGUCAAAUCGGUAAUAAAAAACACCAGAUUUUUAAACGGUUUAUAUACAGAGGAAGAACUCUCGUCUGGCUAUCUCAAAGAGGGACGCGAAAAUAAAACAUUAUUUAUGAAAAAACUGGUCACAGCUGUGUGUAAGUAUAAAAUUUCAAAUACCACUAAAAAUUCAUUUCUCUUUUUACUAGCCAUAGCUAUCAGUGAACCUCCCGUAGUUCGUGUUUCAAAGAUUCUUAGUGGACACGAAGCAGACAAGACAAAUUUACUUUUACAAGCGUUAGCCAGAGCAGUGACUGCUCGAGUUGACAAUGAGGACGUUGUAAAACGUGCAUUGCACAGUAUGGAAGAGAAUACAGAUGAUAAAAAAUCCGAAAACUCUCGGCGCAAUGAACAAGAGAGCGAACUGGACAAAAGUCGCGAACAUGAUCGAGAACAGAAGAAAACAUCUGAUAAAGAACGUAAAAAUGAUCGUUCUCAAGAACAACAAGAUGGAAGACGUGAUACAAGUGAUCGAAUACAUAGUUCAAAGGGUGAACGUCGACAUAAAUCGUCUGAAAAAGAAGCUGAACAUUCUUCAGAACAAAAAUCAUCAAAAGAGACUCGUGCUGAACAAUCGAGAAGAAACGGUGAACGUGAUCGAGAUGAAUCUAAGCGAGAAACUACCAGAGACAAUGAGAAUGAUAGCAACCAACAACGGCAAAAUCGUGUCGGAGACCAAAAUACUCAACGCCCUGUCGCUCAAGAUGAUGAUGAGAGCAAAAGAAACGAAGAUAAUUCUGGUCGUCAUCAAACAAGACUACCUUCAGCUAAAGGUUCACGAAAACCACAAGUGGAUACAAACGAAGAUGUUCAUAUCAAAUCAACACAAUCAAUUUCAAAUGAGAAAACAACCACAGAAAAAGUUAUCGAAGAACAAUCAAUGACGAGACCUAGUACUGCACGUGCAGCCAUCAGUCGUAAAUCAAUGAAAACAAAUGCAUCAGAUGAAAUUGCUAGUGGAUCAGGAAGGGUGGUGGGUACUCAGCGUGGACAAGGAACAUUGAUCAUUGAAACGAAAAAUAACAACGAUGAUAACGAUAAUGACAAUGAUAAUUUAGAAGAUGAAAAUUUUCUUAUACAAGAAGAAAAGUCCACUAUUGGUGAUAGACUAUCAAAAUCGUUUAAGGGGGAUGAUGACGAAAAGAGAAUUGACAAAGAAAAUGAUCAGCAUGGUGCACUUGUGAAAAAAAUGAUUGAAUCUAAACAACAAUUGCAAUAUGGUAGUGAAAUAUCAACACAAAAAACUGAUGUUAAAACAAUCACACAAACUGACGCUCAACGAAGACGUGAACGUGAAAAAAUUCAAAAAGAUGUUGAUAAACUUCAAGAAACAAUACAAUCAUUAACGAAAAGUAUUGUACCAUUAGGCAAAAUGCUCGAGUAUUUACAAGAAGAUUAUGAAAUGAUGGCAAAAGAAUUAAAAACUCAUACAGAUGAUUAUAAAAAGACAAUUGUUGAGCUUCGAAAAGAGAAAUUUAUUACUGAACAAAGUCUAGAGCCAUUAAAAACAGCCAUGCUUGAUUUUGAUGAUCAGAUAGCCGAUAUGAAAAGUCGAAUUGUAUUUAUGAAAACAAAGAUUAUGACAAAUGAGAAGAAAAAUGCUGCAAGACUGUUGACUAUUAUUAGAAAACAAAAAUGA